AUGAGCAGUACUAACAAGACCAAUACCCCCAAGAACAAUGAUAAUAAUACCUCCCAAAAUCUAGUCAAAAAACAUCCAAUUCUAAUCAUCAAUGUAAUACUGGGAGAAAUAGGCGUGAAGAAACUUGGUAUAGAUAUCAAUCCCAUUUUAGAAGUAGAACUUAGAAGGGAUAAAAUCUCAUCAGAUAAACCAAUUAGAUUAUUUGAUUUGCUUUUAUGUUUAGAAGAUGAUAUAGUGAUAAUUCAGGAAAAAAUUGAUAUUGUUGGUUAUUCUAAUCAAGAAAGAGCAGAAGAAGCUGAUGAAAAUACAAGAGCAUAUCUCUGA